AAGCAUUCACUCGCCUCGGACACCAACUCAACACAAGCUGAAACCUCCUCCAAAAAACUCAAACUAACAGUAACAAGCGACAGCGCCGUCGACCCCCGCGCUGGCGUCCCCGACUCCACCAGGGUCCACGGCGCCGUCGGCAACCGCUACGACGCCACCCUCGCCCUCGUUGACACGCGGAAAAACAUGUUCUACAAACUCCAAGUCCUCACGAACGGCUCCCGCGUCUGGCUGUUCAAAGCGUACGGACCCAUCGGGACCGACGGUGUCUGCGAAACGAAACCGUAUUACGACACACAUUCCGCUGUGAGUGAAUUCGAGCGUUUGUUCUUGGAUAAGACGAAGAAUCAGUGGAGUGCCCGCAGACGUUUUGUCAAGCAGCCCAAGGCGUACUACAUGAUGGACGUCGGUUACACGUCCGACUCCCUCGGGGCCGGCAAGCCCGACAUCCACGAGAUCGAUUUCUCCCAAUCGUCAACAACACUCAGUCCCGAAGUCGCGGAUCUGAUCAAACUGAUCUUCGACGUGGGCAAAAUGAAGGAAACGAUGUUUGAGCUCGAGAUCGAUACGGAGAAGAUGCCGCUGGGGAAUAUCUCCAAAUCGCAGCUCAACCGCGGGUUUGAGGUGUUAAAGAGUAUCGGGGACGUGUUGACGAAGCGGGAGAACGGAUUGAUUCCGCAAGACGAUGCCGCGGGGAUGCUGGCACACCGCAGUAACGAGUUCUAUACCCUUGUACCGCAUAUCGGGCGCACGCUCCCGGCUAUCGACAGCACGGCGCUCCUCGUCAAGAAGACGGAGCUGGUGGAGACGCUGGUGCAGAUGGAGAUCACGACACGGCUGCUGGGCUCCGAGCAGAUCGGCGCGCAGCAAUCCCCGCUGGAUUUCCACUACGCGCAACUCAAAUGCGACAUGCGCGUCCUGUCCCCCGCGUCGGACGAAUACCAACUGAUCCAAACCUACGUCACAAACUCACAGGGCGCAACCCAUUCCCACUUCAAGAUCAACAUCGACUACAUCCUCGUGCUUAACCGCGACUCGGAGACGGAGCGGUUCGCAAAGUACCAGGCGUGGGAGAACCGCUACCUCCUCUGGCACGGGUCGCGGCUGACCAACUGGACGGGGAUCCUCUCGCAGGGGCUGAAGAUCGCGCCGCCGUCGGCUCCGGUGAACGGGUACAUGUUUGGCAAGGGGACCUACCACGCCAACUCGAUCACCAAAUCAGCCGGGUACUGCAUGGCCUCGCCCGCGAAACCCGACGCGAUCCUCAUCCUCAACGAGGUCGCGCUCGGCCGGAUUCACAAGUUCGACUCCGCUACGUACAUGGAGAAGCCCCACCGCGGGAGUGAUUCCACCCAUGGCGUCGGGAUGUACCAGCCGAGCGGGGAGGUUGUCAUGCGGGACGGGGUGGUGGUGCCGAGUGGGGUGUUGGAGAAGAAGGGCGCGUAUAGGAGUCUGAUGUAUGAUGAGUUUAUUGUGUAUGAUGAGGGGCAGUCGAGGAUGAGGUAUCUGGUUAGGUUA